GUUCAUACGUCCGGUGUGGCUACCGAGACUGUGGUUGGUCUCCGGGUGCUCGGCCGCCGUUCCUGCGCUCCGCUUCUGCCGAUGCCCCGUGCGCUGUAGGAGCAGUUGCAAAGGCUGAGUUAGAGGGGAGGCGGCGCGGCGAGGACCGGGUCAAGUGGCUCAACUCGGACCUAUGUAUGUUGGCGCAUCGGGGCGGGGAACACCCACAAGUCGAGGCAGCACGACUCUGCCGUCACCCACGUCCGCCGGGUUAUUCGUCGAGCUGCGCACUGGAUUCAACUAUGGGCUCUCUUACUCCUGGAGGAUCAACGUGCAGAUUAGCAGCUGUUGUCCUUGAUCCUUACACACAUUAUCAGAUCAACUUGAGCAAGAUUAUAGAUUAUGCUUCUGCACUAACUAAUGCCAUCGAGAAGAUAGCAGACCCAGAUAGUGCUGUUUUGGCUAUUAAUGAAAUCAUCACUUAUAGGGAAUGCCGUGGGAGGUUUGGCCAAAGGCUGGCACGCUCUUCUGCAGAAACCAUGGCACCAACUGAGUGGUGGUUCCAAUUUGGAGGGGAAGUUCCUAAUCUGCAGAAGUGUGCAUUGAGAAUUGUUUCACAAUGUGUGUCCUCAAGUGGCUGUGAGAGGAAUUGGAGUGCUUUUGCCAUGGUCCACACAAAGCAAAGAAACCGUCUUCUAUAUGGCAAGCUCCACAAAUGUGUUUCUGUACACCACAACUUGAAGAUACGUGCUGAAGAAGACCAAGAUGAUGCGAAACAGAGUUAUAGAGAGAAGGAAGUUGAUCCUUGUGCACUGAUGAUGGAUACAGCCAUGUAUGAUGCAUCAAAUCCAAUGAUGGAGUGGUUGAUGGAGGAUGAAGAACAUGCAAUCCUAGAUGGUACGGAUGCUGCUAGUGCUGUGUUUGAGGAAUUACGUUCCCUCAACUCAAGAAGGAAAGAGUCUCGUCUUGGAACUAAGGACAAUGGCAGGAAAAGAAAGAGGAUAGUGGAGGAAGAAGAUGAGGAUGACUACAUCGAUUGCGAUGAUGAUGAAGAUGAACAGAAUGAGCACAUUGACAUUGAUGAUGAAGAUGACGACCCAGAUGAUAGUGAAAGUGAAGCUGAUGGAGGAGUGCCAAGUCAAGUUGAAGAAGAUGGACCUGACCAAGUUGAAAAUGAGAUUGAGGGCACAAGUGAUGGCAAUUCGGCGAACCGGAGAUCUGCACGGCUUAAGAAAGCCAGGAAGGUCAAGAACGUCAACAGCCUCUACAAUUAAGAUAGUUGCAAGGUGGAAGAACGUGAAGUCGGAACUUAAUUCAUGUUCGCGUUUUGGGGCUGAAGGAUGGGAGACCAUGAAGUCUGAACCGAAUUCAUGUUUGAUUUUUGGGACUGAAUGCUUGAAUUGCCUGGUUGUAAUGUGAUUCUGACCUGUGUCUUUUGGACUUCUGUUCUAAACUGUUAACCAGCCUACCUGUUGCUGGACUGCUAAGUCAUGAACUGAAUUCAUGACCGUAUUUUGGGGCCGAAUGCUUGAACUUUGAAUGGCCUGGUUGUAACGUGAUUCUGAACAGCUAUCUUUUGGACUCCUAUUUGUACUCCUAUUUAAACUAUUAAACCUGUUGCUGGACUAUUCUGUUGUUGCACUGUUGUUGCUGGUCUAUGGUUAAUAUGUUGUUAUUUCCGGUUUCA